AUUUCUGUUCAGCGGUUAUAUCAGAAAGGCGAACUGAUUGAGUGUAAGGUAAAGCGAAAUGUUUUGCAAAAAAAUUACCCACUAUUCCCUUUGGGAAUAUAAUCCACAUGCGAACAAGAUGUCGUCCAUUUCGCACUUCAACGAGAGAGGAAUCAAACGAGAUCUUCAAUAUCUUGCCGAUAUCAUUCUCCUUGAUCAUUCAUACGCUAAACCCUGGUCUGCACAUCCGGAUGCAUCUAAAGUACGCCCUGUCAAAACAUUAUUUCUUCCCCGAGAAGACGUUGAAAAGUUGUCAGUGACUCAACCUAGGGCUGAAGAUGAUAUUGAUGUGUGCGAACCGGCUGCAUCUUCGUGUAAUGCAAGUAUUAUGUACGAUACUGCGAAGGCGAAAGCAGUGAUGGCUGAGUGCGAGAAGUAUGUAAGUACUGUAUCGAGUAAAAAGACCCCGGAUACUUGGGAAGAGCAAAUUUCAAGGUAAGUUUCUGGAUUAUAUAUAUUUAUUGACUGCUGAAAUAAGCUUAAGUUUAAAUUGAGUUUACGUUACAACACGUGUGACUUGACAACUAGUGACAGAAGGAAAAUUGAAGUACUGCUUAACCCGAGGUAUCCAUCAGUCUGCUCAAGUUUUUGCGUUUUAUCUUUGAGAAAUUUGUAACAAGGGAUUUAAGAAUCAUGAGCUCUGCACACGUGUAUCGUGUAUGUUGUGGCUCAAUUUUAUCCUUGGUUUAAAUUUUAUUUUCUUUUGUUUCAAACUCAUUCUCAUUCGUUAACAUACCCAAAAACAAAAGAAAAUUAAAUCUAAACCAAGGAUAAAAUUGAACCUAAACAUCUAAAGAAGCUGAAAUAAGUUUUGGUGUCGCAGUUGGCUUAUGCUUCUUUGCUUCAUUGUUGCAUCUCCCCUGCUUGGUAGUAAAUUUGGCCUCUGCCAGUUUGCCCUUCAAAUUUGACAGUCUUGGGACCAAACACCGUAGUUUAUAUCAUAGACUUUAGCCACUUGACAGCAAAUACAAAGAACAAGAAAUUUAUUACAUGUGUGGGAAGGUUCAAAUUCUUUUUCAUAUCAUCUCAUUUUAUUUUUCCCAUUUCAUUAUAGAUAGUACAAGAAUAAAUCACAGACAACCAUUAAAGCUUGAGUCACAAAAAGUUUAAAACACAUGAUAAAGUACAGUAAAAUGAUCAUUACAUUUAGAUCAGUUUGUCACAAAAAGAGAAAAAAAAUGAAGAAUGGAAAGGAGAAGGGUACAUCUAGGUCAACAAAUUAUUGUGCCCCUAAAAUAACGUAAUAUAGGAAACAUUUUUUUACAACUGAAGCAAGUUGUUGAAAAAUUGGAUUUUAUUAUGUAUUGGAUCAAUCACUGCCCAUGGAAUAAGUCUUAGGGAAACCAAUGGUGUUAUCCACUGUAUAUCAAUAUUGAUACAGUGGACACUACUAUGCCCUUUUUGAACAACUGAUGCCUUUUGGCUUAUUUUUUAAAGCAAACAAUGAAAGUUGUCUUGCCAUAGAACAUAUAGCUUAGGAUUAAUUACUUAUACUGUAAUUGAUUACCAGUAAAUGAUUAUCUUUUGUAGGAAUGGAUGGGGAAGUAAACAAAAUGUGCUGUUCGACAAAGUCAUAAAGGUCCUUUCAAAUCUUAGACUGUCAAGGUUAACAUAUGAAGGGGUAAGCCUUGGUACAUGUACAUUGUACUUACUCUUUACACCUUAACUCUUAAUCCAAAGAGAUCAUUCCUGCCUUCUGCUCUAGUGUAAGUAAGCACACACAACAAAACUAGGUCAAGGCUUGGGUGGACAAUAACUGUAUUCACCGCAACAUUCAUUAUGUUUUUAGUUUUCCAGUGUGGUGAUUAUUCAUGGGUAACAUUUAUUUGAGGGCAGUAUUGAUUUCAAAAUCACAGUUCUUAAAUCACUGACAACAGAUAUCAUAAAUCAUUUGUAAAUAUCAUGUGAGACAGAAAGAUGUUUAAAAAACUUUCAGUGUCUCCCUUUUGUCUGAGAUAGAAUGUUACUUGUCUGGAUGUUGUAGAUUACAAAGUUGUUUGAAGUUCAGGGCUUCACAAAAUCUAAGUUUUACAGGAGGGGAUCAUGCUGUUUUUUCAAGAGAGAGAGAAAGUUCUUGUGUGCAUGACUGGUCAGCAGGACUAGCGAGUAAAUUUUUUGGCAGGUGAAGUCACCAUUUUGGCCGGACAUUGUCCAUUGACCGACUGUUAUUUGGAGACCUACAAGUUUUUUCUAAUAACCUUUGAAUACGUGCCACAUUCUUCUGAUUGGCUCAUUGCUAUGAAAAACUUCGCUUAUAACAAAAACAUUGCUUUAAGGUUAUUCGAACUGCUAUAAAGUCAAAAAUAUUGAUCAUGCUUAUAAGAUCGCUUAUUUGAAAUGCACUCUUAACCUGAACUCAAAUUCCAAAAUGAAGGCCAAAGUUGGUAUCUAAGAGUGCUAUUUUGGAAAUAUUAUUAAUCACAGGGCAGAAAUCCAUUGCGAUACUUCCCGGUGUUGACAGAAAUAUGCAAUUCUUGAUUUUUUUAGCUUGCGAUAUAACUCAAAAUCACACCUUUAGAUUUGAAAAUUGACACCUCGGAUAUCAAUUUUCUGAAAGCUCAGCUCUCACUUGAGAGACUGUGUAAUUUUUAUUUUGCAAAAUUUCUUAAUUGUUUGAGAACUAAAUUUUUCAAAUUGAAGGGUUUGUAGCUGAUCUAAUACCUUCACAACUUACUUUGAAAGAAUGUGACUGAACUGUCCAUGAAUGAAGUGAAAUGAGAGUAAGGAAAAUAUUAUUUAUUUGUAAGAUGUUCAUGUUGUCCAAGAACUGUAAAUGUGAUCAUUAAUUUCUUGCCACUUGUUUUGUUGAGAGUGGUUGUUGUACAUGUAUGAUGCCUGUAUCAUGCCACACAAUGCUCCUUGAGAAGUUAACUCCUGCUCUUUCCUAGAUUCAUUGGCAAUUUCAAAUAACCAGCGUGCAAAGAAAGUGGUGUCCGAUAGCCCGGGGCUAGUGGAUUUUGCUAUCGGGCUAGUGAAUUCUGUUUUUAACUUGCCUGAUGGGCAAGUGAUAUUUUUUUAGAAAUUUGAAUAACAGAAGAACUGUAAUCAAUCCUGCUCAUCAAAUUUUUUUCGGGCUAAUUGAAAUGACCUUUUGGGUUAGUACAUGCUAGCUACAGCUUGCCCGAAUGGCAAGCUGUAAAACUGACUUUCUUUGCACCCUGAAUAACUGCUAAGACAUGUACAUUAUUAUUGUUCCGCAGCUUCCAAAUGAACCAGUCAUGAGACGUAUUACAACUGAUAAGGCAACAAAAAGAAUGAGGCAAAUUUUAAGUGACUCAGAAUGGGUGAGUACAUGUUCAUAAUGUUACUAGGGAACUCAAGCAAUGACGACAGCAAUGAGAAUGACAAAAAGCAAUAGGCAAAACAACAACUUUGCAUGUGCAUCACACUUUGUUGUACAUUUCUUUGCCGUCAUUGCACGACUACGAUGUGAAAAUGCCUAAUUUCACAUUUUAUAGUGGAUGUGAAUAUGAGGCAACAAUCCAUUUCCUUUUUCUUUUUGUGAACUUAGAUACAGACCUUUAGAGUUCAACUCCUGAAAAAAGUCAUUUGACAAUUAAGUAAAAGAGUUUGAGUGAGAGUGAUGAAGUUUGAAACAGCACAAAUUCACUUUUUCAGUUAAGUUUUGCACUGCUGUUGCUGUCGUUGUUGCUCAAGCUCACUACUGUUUUGGUUAAUACCUAUCCCUUCCUGUCUCACACUGUACAUUUUUACCGUAAACUUCACCCAAUAAACAAAUUAAUAAGGUUUAAAGAACAAUUAUUGAAAAUUGAUUCAGCCUUUUCCAGUAGGCUUGGAUAAAUUCUGGGGGCAGAAUUUCAAGCAGAAUAAACGAUUUUUGAGGCCCGCAUUCUGCCAGCAGAAUAAGGCAUUUUCAAGCAGAAUCUGAGCAGAAUAGGAAAUCAGUGGCACUAAUGAUAUGCAUAACAGUUGUAAGGAAAGUUUAAAACUAAAUAAAAAGCAAAAUGGAAAAUAUGUUGUUAUUAAUUUGAUUAUUUAAUAGCUACAACGUACUCACAUUAAAAGUAAGAUGAAAGACAAUUUUUGGUACCCAUAAUGAAUGCCUAAUUAGUUUUUAGAGGUCAGGUUCCCUUCUAUACUUGCAAAAAAUAAAUACAAAUUAAUGUACAGCCUGAAGGGCCGAAAUUUUUUUGGAUACCAAGCAGAAUUCAAGCUGAAUAAGGGUGUCUGAGCAGAAUUUUGAGCAGAAUAAGCUAUUUUUACGAGCACUGCCCACAGGCAGAAUAAGCCAUUUUACCAGCAGAAUUUAUCUAAACCUAUUUUCCAGGCAUUCUAAUAGUCGGAAAGCAGCUGUAGAUCUAUAAAAUUCUACAAGAUGAGGCUCAGGUGCAUGGUAUGCCAGGUAUAGAUAUUAUUGCGAAGGACCAAAGAAGCCUAAUUCCGAGUUGGUAUUACACAGUAUGUGCAGUUUGAUCCUCUGUUUAAUGUACUGUUGUGUGACCAACAUUUCUUUCUUCCCUCUGUAGGAUACAAACUUGAUGAAAUGGCUCCACAGUACAUUGCUAGAUGGUUUAAGUAUUCCCUUGUUGGCUUGCUAUCUUGAUGUCCUACAGACUCUGCGAGCCAAAGUGAGUUGAAAUCAAUUAUUAUUAUUGUCCUGGGCCAUUUCCUGGAGCCUGAACCAAUACUAACUGAUCCUAAAAUUUAUUUCCUCCUUGAGGCCAAACUAAUUUGGUGAAAAUAUUGAAAUUGUUCAUUAUGAUAUCACAUUAAAAAUCAGGGGCCUGUUUCUCGAAAGGCCCGCAAACGUUUCGGGCCUGAAGCCAAAUUUUAAAGUCAAGACCUGGUGAAUAGUAGCACACAAAGUGGGCAAUUUUGCUUUGUCAACUGAUAGUUUUAUUGUUUCAGCUUCAAAAUUAUUGAAACUUUGAUCUUGAAUGAAAACACAGCAAACAUAAAACAGCUUUCUGGACCCAAAAAGGUAGCGGAUCUUUGGAGAAACAGGCCUCUGUUUCACAGCUGAUUAACUUUUUGUGCAUGACACAUUAAUACUCAGAUAAAUACAAAGGCGGUCAGAUGUCUUGAGUUAAAUUUCACUUGACUAUUUUCCCUGCUCUUUCCUAUAGUGCUACUGAUUGAAAUAAGCUAGAACUGAUCUAAUUUUUAAGUCAAUAAUGAUAAUAUUUUUCUUGGAAACUGUGAGAUUUGGAGUUUUCCAGGGGCUGUAACACAACACCUUAAAACAGAAGUCUUCACCAUGAUAAUAUUGACAAGACAGAAAAGUCAGGGAUUAAAACUAGGUGGUUCUUGUGGUUGCUAGUGACGAUUUAACCCUUUUAAGUCCCAAUAGUGACCAAGAUCAAUUUUGUCCUAAUAAUAUCCAUACAUUGUCAACAGAUAAGUUAUGAGAAUUACUAGAACCAUCACCCAAGUAAAAAUGCCUUGAUCUUUUAUCAAAUUCUCUCAACUCAUUCUUUAAGGAAAUGUAUGGAGAUCUGUUUGGAGAAUUUGUAUGUGGAUACUGGGGCUUAAAGGGUUAAAAGUGACCCAAGCCACUAAAAGCCAUGGUUUGGUUGCCUGAACCAGUGAUUGGUGUCUGAUUUCAGAAGUGUACAAAGGAAGUGUCAAAAAUACAAUGUCUUUCCUUGGAGUAAUUCCCUUUUGUCCUUUCUUUCCUCAUUAAUUUAGUAAAAUUUCAGUUCUAAUUAAUGUGCAAAAUUCAAAGCUUUUUAUGAUUUUUUAGAUUGCCCCAGUCACUCAGGAUAUAUCUAAACACCAUUGUGGUUUUAUUGACUUAAAUCACUCUGACAACACAACUCAGUAAUAGACUUAUUUUUUGAAAUUAAGAAUGGAGGGCUUCCUCUUGAGGUGCAAGCCACCAGUUAUAAAUUUAUUAUAUAAAUUAAUGAUCCAUUUUUGGAGGGCGUAAUUUAAAUUAAGCGGUGACUCAGCCUAGAGGAAAUUCUAAGCCCAGUUUAUUUUGACUUGAGCUAUUUUGAACUUAGAAUUUAUCGAUAUUGACCUUAGUGGUGACCAAGCACUCAAGUUAACUCUUAGCCCUGUAGACUACAUGUACGUGUAGAGUUUGCUCAAAAAUGGUUGCUUAUUUGCAGAUUCCAACCCUUGUUGAUCGCAUGCUUAUACAGCCAUCUAGUCAGCGCCGUGGACUUGCAGCCAGUUCAGAGGCCUUAAGCUUACUAUUAAAGAGACCAUGGGACCCUGCACAUGGCCUGGUGACUCAGCAUAAACAGGUAACACCCCACACUCCCCUUCCCUCACUCAAGAAAAUAGAUCCACCUACCAACACCUACAUGUACAGUCACUUUCAGAUAUCACGAGAUACAAUGGGCUCAGUUGUUCCAUAAUUUUCCAUCAUUUGCACAAACAGGGCCUGAAGUAUAGACCUUUCCCUUAUAACUAAGCAUGCAGGAUUUCCCUAAUUCUCAUGGCAUUGUAAAAUACUCUGUUUAUUUCUCAAGUUGUUUAAAACAGCAGUGACAGCAGCAUCACAAAAGCCAUGACAUGAUUUCAUCAAAACUUGAGUUUUUAAACAUGCUGAAGAGAAAAGGUUUACUAUGUUGAAUGGCUUAAAAUCUCUCACUGCCUUCAAUUUUGCAAACAGUUCAAUUGUGUGAUCUAUUUUACUUGAGCACAGUACAAAGUACUGUCACAGCUUGUACUUGAUCACAAAUUUGUUGUCAAUUACUUGGAACUACAUGUAGGUAAGAAAUUGAAGAAAGUAUAAAUUAUAAUUUUAUAGCUCAGAUUUGAACAUUCCAAGUUAAUUUAGUGUACUAUUUUUUCUAUCAAAGUAGCCAAAACACAGGCUUCUUAUAUCCAAGAAAAAUCAUCAGCCCUCAGUCCUUAAUUAUAGGCCUAAUCUCUUUAUCCAAAGCGCAAACUCCCCGGUACUCCAUUGUUACUGAUUGUACCAAGUGGUCCCACAACAAGUGUAAGUGCUGGUACAUCAUCCAAACGAACUCGCUUCUGGCAUAACCAACUUUCUGUCCUUGGCAAAGUUGUUCCCGUCACGAUGCACACCAGCAAUGGGGGAAGUGGUGUAUCCAUCAAUCAGUGCCUUGAUCACAUCAUUGGUGCUGUCAGGAUUAAAGUGCUGGAGGUAUAAUGUGUACAUUAUAAUAAGCUACCACAUAGCACAGGGAACCUGAAUGCUGUAUUAUUUACCUGUGUUUAUGAGUCUGUAUGUGAGUCGUUUUGGGAAGGGAUUCCAAUCAGAUCAAAGAUGGUUUGCCAUGCUGGUUCCAAUUGUUUUUCGUCUGGUGCAUCAUGCAAAGGAUGUGACAGUUACAUCUCAAGUUUCUGAAACUCUUCUUAGAAAAGAAGAGUAGCGUCAAAUGAGUACUCUGUUCCCUUCUCUUGACCAUUCAAUUGAGACUCAAGAUUGUCUCCCAAAGAUAGUUAAUAGUAAUGGAAACCUGAGACGUGACUGUCGUGUAUCGGACAAGAUUGGACAUUUGAAACCAGCGGCGUAAACCAGACUCAGGAACUGCUUAUGAGAUAGCUAAUACAGCAUUUGGGUCCCCUGUGCACAUAGAGGUUUUCAGUGGAGGAAGCCCUGAAAUGCUCUCACUGUGCUUUUCUUUUCUGUUGUAAUUAGAAUGAAGUGGAACUCAAAACGUUGUCUCAAAACUGGAAUUGUAUAUCAAAAUUAUGCAUGGUUCAAUUUGACCUGAUACCAUACCCCCCCCCCCCUCCCCUGGGUAUACCCCCAGGGAGUUCCAAUUUUUUUCUCUCCUGGUGGUUAAUUCCCCUCCCCCAGGAAUGCACAAGGAGACAUUUCCCUACCCCGGAGCUCCAGAUCGACCUCAUAUACGUUUUUUGUGGGGUACAUCUUUCUGAGAACAGUGUAGUAAUUUCCAUACAAUAGCAAAACGAGACUUUUUCAGAACUUUUGUAAGCGCUUUCUAUAGUUUAUUGAGAGAAGGGUAAUGCAUGUAUGACAGUGUCCUGUCCUACCCCCAGUACAGGACCGCUCCAAACAGUUCCCCACCCCUUAUCCCAAAGGGUUGGACUUUUCUGGGGGGUUACCCUGGGGGGUGGUAACAGGUCAAAUUGAACUGUGCAUUAUCUUUUUUCAUUCUUAUGUUGCCUUUUUUUUUUCAGUUAAGAAGUCAUUUUCCCAAUCGUCCCAUUAUUUUGCUCGGCUGGUCGGUUGGUGCUUUGGUAUCUUGCCAGGUAAACUCUUUGUCAGUGAUGGAUGUGCAUGUAUAGAUGUUAGCUUGGUUCAGAAUCUAUGUAAACCCUUGUAUCCCUGGUGGAAUUAGAGUGAAAACAUUACAAAAUUUAAUUUGUUUAUUGUCGAAGCAUUUAGGAGUUCUUAAGAACUUGUUUAAACGUGUUUGUGCGUUCCAGAUCGAUUUGGAAUUUGCAAGUGUUGGUUUUUGAGGAGAAGGGAAAACCGGAGUACCCUGAGAAAAGUAGAGAACCAAACAAAAAGUUUAAAACAAAGGUUAUUGUAGGGUUGUCUCUUGUGGUUGACAAAACACAAUUGAUCCCUUAAGAGCCCCAAAAGUUCUAAGCAAUGAUAUUUAUUUCUUCUUCAAACAGAUAUUGUACUGAAAAAAGGCGCGCGAUGCCCUUAGCAGUCAGAGUUUGACUUCAUUUGGGACCUGCUGCUUGCACAUCUAGCAUUUUGACCCCUUGGGAAUGCCUCCUUUUUCCUUUCAAACUAAUGCAGUGACACCGCAUUGAUAGUGGCACCCAAAGGACAAAUUUAAGUGUCCUUACUGUAGGGGUCUCCAUAGGAAUGAUGUAAGAAUUGUAUGAAGUUCACACCUCUGAGACCAAGCGAUUUGAUUGUCCAUAAUAUAGAAGUGUCCGUAAGUAGAGUUUCAGCUCUGUGUGCUUCUGUCGUGAAUGAAGGGUGUUUUUAUGCAACUUUGCUUAAUUCAGUCUCAUCAAAUGAUGUAAGAAUUGUAUGAAGUUCACAUCUCUGAGACCAAGUGAUUUGACUGUCCGUAAGCAAGUGUCCAUAAGGAGAGUUUCAGUUCUGUGCUUCUGUCACGAAUGAAGGGUGGUUGAACUUUAAUUAAUUCGAUCUCAUCAAAUCCACACAGGUUGCACUGAUGGAGUCUGUCUGUGCUGUUGUCUGUCUUGGAUUUCCUAUCACUGGUCUUAGUGGAGUCAGAGUGGUUAGUUGUUGACUUGCUUACUCUCUUUAGGGAGUUCAAGAUGUUACGACGACGACGACGACGACGACGACAACAACGACAACGUCAAAAAAGCAAUAGGUUAAGGCUAUGCUCACAUUAUAGUAUGAACAGUAUUGGUCCGGGGCGGUACAAGUCGUUCACACACAUCGAAACAUCGCGUCGGCGCGGUUGGCCGGGAGGGUUUGGUGCACUAAACUCCAGUCCUCAUUCCAGAAUAUUUACUUCCGUCUCAGUGGGUUCCAGUCCUCGCUUCUACUUAUUUAUUUCCGUGACGGUCCGAAUAGUUGUUCACACUGCGCCAAAGUGUGGCACAAAACCUCUCCGAUAAGUGAUGCUCCACUUUCGAGAUCGGCGUGGGGCAGCUUCGCUCCGUCACAGAAAUUGGGCCGCCUCAACCGUUCUUGUGUGUGAACAGAAACAAUAUCCGGUAUGAUUUUCCUGGCGGCGAGUAAGCUAUCGGAUAUGGUGCAUAGCCUUAGAUCAGCAAAAUAACAACUCUGCAUGUGCAUCACACUUUUUUGUACAUGUCGUUGCCGUCACUGCGCGACUACGACGCAAAAAUGCUUACAGCUAUAAUUUCGUUCUCUUUUUGAACUUGGAUAUUUUUCUCAAGACUUCAACUCCAGGAGAGCUCGCUUACAUUAGACAAAUAAAGCGUGUUGGUAUAAUCACACCGAGAUUCAAAGAACGCUAAGUUUUCACCACCGUUGCUGUCGUGGCAUCUUAAACUUCCCACUGUCUGCUUGCUUUGUACUUGAAAAAAAUGGAAAGUGACCUCAUUAACCUUGUUCAUUUUUGACAGGGAGUGGAAGAUCCUCUUUUAGAGCUAAAAACUCCAACCUUGUUUGUCAUCGGCUCACACUCAACCCUGACCUCUCAGGAGGAAGUUGAGGUACAUCUACUUGUAAACCCUAUAGCUAGCCCCUUAUUUAUUUUUUAGACUACACUUUUCACAGUCCUCCAUUUUCCCAUAAGAUCGUCGAGAGAGGGUGCUUUGCGUUACGGGUUGCCAUCUUGCAUGAGUGUCAGCUCUACUUCGGUUCAUAUACAGUUGAAAAUCAAAUAGCCAUCAUUAACGGUAAGACGCGCUAUAUCUCGAUGAUCGCACGACAAAAUAGGGGACUGUGAACAGUAUCAGUAUAUAUUUUUCUUUAAUUCCCAAUGUUUUAAACCAGUUCUCAAGUCAAGUUCAAGUAUGUACAGUUUAACCCCUUCACACUCAAAGUAGAUCCCAAGAGUACUUAAAUCAGUUAUGCUUACAAACACUAGUGUGAAGCCAACAUAAUAUUUUGCUGUUGUGGCGCUUACUUUUUAGGCUUCCGCAGAGAUUCAGCUUUGAACUUUGCGCCUUCGAUUUAAGUCCACUUCAGCAAACUGUUUCUGUUUCUUUUCUUCACCACUGUUUCUGUACACAUCUCCUUGACUGCCACUCUUUCUGUACACAUCUCCUUGACUGUAAAAGUAGUUUAGUUGACGUUCCUUCUCGGUGUUCUUUUCUUCUAUGCAGGAGAUGCGUGAGAAGAUGAAGACGGACACAAGUUUGUUGGUGGUGGGUGGAGCCGAUGAACAGGUCAGUUCUGGAUGAAUCUUUCUUGCGGCUUGUUCUUCGAAAGUUCCUAUGUUAAAAUUAAAGUCAUUACCAAUCAAUGACCUUGGAAACCGGUGCCUUAAGAGUUAGGGAUCAUUAUACGUACCCCUACCCUAAGCGAACACUAACACUUACUUCUCACUAAAGGAAAAUAUUGACUUUGGGGAGGGGUAGGUGGGCAGUUUCUCAGAAACUUAUAAUGAUCCAAAGUUAGCGGUGUGGGGCCUGCAAUAACCCAGGCAUCACAAUGUAGAGAGGUAUCCAUAGCAACCCUGCAAGCGGGAACCACCCCUGUUGCAGCCACUAGGAAGCUUAAGCAACGACGACGGCGACGUCAUCAAGAACGGCAAAAAAGCAAUAGGUUUAGAUUAGCAAAACAGCAACAAUCUGCACUUUAUUGUACAUUUUUUGCCGUCACCGCACGACUACGACGCGAAAAUGCCUAAUCUGAUUUCACGUUUUGUGGAGAACGUAAACACAACGACUUUCUUUCUCCUUUCCUGCACUUCAAUACAGUCUUUCAGAAAUUUCAGCUCCAGAAGAGAUUGCCAACAUUUGAUGAAUUGAACGAGGUGGAAUAAGCGCGAUAAAGUUUGAUGCAACACGAUUUCACUUUUUUGGGGACGUUUUCGUAGCCGUGGCCGUCGUUGUUGCUUAAGCUUCCGACUAACAAGCACACGCGAACCUGAUCUAGUGAAAUAGAGUCACCUGAUCGGAUACUCACCUGCACGAACAGACCAACCUUGGGGGAUGGGCAGGUAGGGCAAGAGGAAUCCGCAAAGAUGCACAGAAAAAACGAACCAUAGAUCGGCAACUAAGUGCUCUGCGAGAAAGACAAAACUGAGGUAAUGUGUAGAGAGCCCUGUGACCUAAAGGGGCGUCCCCGCAGAACGCCGGUUCACCAACAGACGCAAGAACAGUGUCGUCAGUUAUUACGUGCGUAUUAGUAUAGUACUUAACAAUGUUGACAGAUAAACAUAUUUUCCUUUAUUGCUCUUGAGAAUUUUUAUUCCUGGUACAGGAUAAAUAGGUAUAGUUAGCUGUUCAAGGAUUGGAGAUUAAAUGGAUCUCAUUCUUUUACAUUUUAGCUACGUUUGACUCGUGCUAAGAAGAAACAAGAAGGCCUGACUCAGAGUAUGGUCGAUCGGUUGAUCAUGGUAUGAAUAUGUUUCGUUUUUGGUGUGGAGAAGAUUUGUCUUCGUUUGUUUAACAGACCAUUGAGUUAUUUUGUCUGCUUUCUUUGUCUUUAGGAUGAAAUUGGUGACUUUUUAGGGAAUGUGUUAACCUGCAUGAACAGCAGCAGUGUACACAACAGAAACGAUUCCUCGGAUGUGGAUGAAGCCGACGUACGCAAAAAGAAAAGAAAGCGGUCCGUGUCUCGCGAUUUGAGCUCGGAAAUGGAGCGCUCUGUGGGUAAGCAUGCGCUGACGUCACAGCCAUCGGCGAAGAAGUCGACUCCUCAAAAGAGCUCGGUUCAAGAACAGGGCAAAACGAUGUUGAAACUUCCGCUCGGCAACACUAUGGGGGCGUUAAGUCGGGGAGGGCUUGCGCUUAGCCAGCCUAGUCCUGCCAAAAGACCAAGGACGUCCAAGUCGAAGACAAAAACAGCAAACCCGCCUCCGGGCAUAAUUCACGUGACUGGAGCUGCACCUGCAAGUGUUGUCAGCAGUGUACCUCAAGGAAUUCCCGUGCAUCCGGGGACCUUGCCUGGUUUUCCGCUUCAUGGUGGUACUGUGGCACGUCAGGUACCCCUACAAGGUGCCUCUGCCGCCGCGCUUGCGUCCGCUGGCCGAGGACAGACCUUUAUUUCGCUAACCCCGAAGAGUUCGGACCCCGGAGCCAGGGUCACACAGACCCUGAUCACCAUCCCGCGUGGGAGCUCUCCCUCCGUUUUGUCGUCAAAUACCGCGGGUGGGCAGACUGUGCAAUACAUAAUUAAACCUCAGAGUCAGCGACACGCCCCUGUGUCCCUGAGUGCUGUCAGUGCCUCUUUGUCAGCACAAGGGGCUGUUGUGCCCUCCGGUGCUCAGAUACCCGUGAGGACCAUCGUAUCGGCGCCAGUUAGGCAAACACCUCUAUCCCAAUCCGCUAGUUCGUCCUUUACUUCUGUAAUGAGCCUCAAAGGUACUGCUGUAACAACGCAGGCACCGUCCUUUGCGUCUAGUAUCGUUCCAGCGUCUGCUGCUGCUGCUUCUCUAACUACAUCUUCCUCCUUUGGGAAAUUUCCUGCGUCAUCGGCUGUCCUGACUUCCGGCCGACAAACAUUUACUCGAGUGGCGGGCGAAACAACACAGCCGUCAACCAUCAGUGUUCUAACCAAGGACGGUAAUAAGCUGAUGGUUUCUCAGGCGCUAUCGUCAGCUGGUCUAAAGGGAUCUUACAAGCUUGUCAGUGGUUCGGCUUUGCAGACUGCUGUACCGACUGGAACCAACACUGCAAUGACUGGUGGUCAAUCCGCUCAAGUCGUUCUUAGCCAUCCUGUCCGACCGUCCUCCAGUGGCUCGCAGGUGCAGGUCACUCACAAAGGCGCCAGUGUCCCUGGCAGCAUUGUCACCUCGCUGCCUGUAAGCCUUGCUGCAUUAGCUGGAAAACUACCUGGUAACACCACAGUGUCACAGUCCGGUGGUCGAGUCACUCUCGUGCAGAGCACUCGGACGGCUACCGUUCCGAGCCAAAUGGUCACCUCCGUACAGAGACCCACGGCAAACAGGGUUACGAACCUUGCGUCUGGCUCAUUAGCGAGUCUUCAAACUGCGGUUACGGUCGCCAGAACAGGAACCAAUCAGUCAGGCAAGGUAAUAUCUUCUCCUGUUCUCGUUGCCAGUAGUCAGCAUGGAACAACAACUGUAACCGCUAAAGCGGUUGGUAAUCCUGUGGCGUAUGCACAAGGUGCACGUAAAACGGCACAACCUACUUAUGUUUUGUCCACCACGACAGUUUCAGCAACCGAAGUGGUACCAUCACCACUUGGGUCAACAGUAGGAGGGGCGAUAAGAGCGACUAGUGGUUCUGUUAAUACCACUGUCCCUACGAGCUCUACAGUAAGGAGUGCUACGCAGUUGGUUUCAGUGGCAGAAACGGGGACUGUGAAGCAAGCGCCUGUGACCGCCCAAUCGGAACAAAAGAAAGAGACCGUUUUGAAAACUGAUCCCAGUAGCGACUCUGUUAAAGCGGUUUCUUCGUCUUAAGUUUAAAUGAAUUGAGCUUCAAUUGGCGACAAAAGUUAAGACACUCCGCCUUUUAUUAGGAACCUUUCUAACGUUUUGCCGACUUUCAAAGAGGAAAAUGAAGCUCUCCCUCUCCCAUUCCCGCCAUGCAAUAUUGUGCCGCUGUUAGAGCUAGCCGUAGGAAAGAAACGAUAAACACCCCAUCUUUGACUGGAGGGAGGGGGGGUGGGGGGUGAGAGGGGUGUGGACUCUUUUGUCAUCUGAAGUGUCGUCUUUUUGUCGCCGAUUGUUUACUGCAUGGGAUUGUCUCUAUUACCCAUGAUUCCUGCUCAUAGUAGCCACGACAGAUACAAUACAAUGUGAAUUAUCUACCAAACUGCCCACCUACCUCUCCCCUAAGCUAACAUUAACACUUACCUCUCACUUGGGGCAAUAAUGAUCUAUGAUGUCGAUUAAUACGUGGGUGCUUCAUUCAACAACUACCCACUGGUUAUAUUGACAUAGAAUCCCCUGCCUUUUAUAUCGGCUUUUCGUGGAGAGCUAUGCGAGUGGAUCUCGGACGGUGAGCAAGGUGAAGAUAUAUUUUAAGAAUUUGUUAGCAUUAAUUGUUCCCUGUUUGAACUGGUUUUACUUACGUAAACACCUAGCAAAGUUUCAGGUGUUGUCUCGCCCUCCGGUUCCAAGAGUCCUCGUUGUUAUUAAAUGGCAGUGUAAUUUUCAGAGGUGUUCAUGGAAAAACGUUGACCUUUUCGUUAACUGUUAUGAUGUAAAUUGUGGUUUAAUCGUUUAAAGCACAACCCUGAAGGAUUCUGGUCUUAGUAAUAAAAUGACCUCGUCGUGCAAUUGCCCUGUUGUUGCUGUGUUGGUAUCAACCAUUUCAAGUUCGCGGGUGAGACAAGACUGGCCAGCGUUGUGUCGAAUUGCACCAUGGGGUAGUUUUGGAGAU